AUGGUAUUUGGUAAAGCGUGUCAUUUACCAGUAAAGUUAGAACAUCAAGCCUAUUGGGCAAUAAAGAAGUUGAAUCUCAACCCAGAGUUAGCAGGAUGGAAGCGGUUGGAUCAAUUGCAUAAGUUAGAAGAGUUUACACUACACGCCUAUAAAAAUGCUAAGCUUUAUAAAGAGAAAAUAAAGCGGUGGCAUGACAAGCAUAUUGUCACCCGCAACUUCGAACCAGGGCAAAAGGUAUUCCUCUUUAAUUCUAGACUCAAACUCUUUCUAGGAAAGUUGUGGUCCAAAUGGAGUGGCCCUUUUGAAGCAAUAUGUAUGACACCGCAUGGAGUUGUGGAAUUAUGGAAUCCAAUGAAGACAUCCACGUUUUUGGUAAAUAGACAGAGAGUCAAACACUACUUUGGUGAUGAUGUUGACCGUGAUGAGGAAGCUAUAGAACUGGAAGAUGAGUGA